AUGGCAGUGAGCUGUCCCCGGAUUUGCCGUCGUUGUCUGUCGUCAGAUCAGUUGGUCAUCUGCGCGUUGUGCAUGAUCCGCGCUUUGCUGGCCAACGACAUACUUUUCUGCAACGUCACUAAUGUACAGAAUCUGACCAGUCGACGGCUGGCUAUCGAGGGCCAGCUGUACGGCAGCGAAGCGGUCAGAGGCGACGUCGUCCGCCAUCCGUUGUUCUACCGCUCGGCAAGGUCGUUGUGGAAUACUGAGGCUCAGUCAUUCUGCAAGAUCCUCGAAUUGCCUCCAUCGUCGUCGUCGACGGCGUCAUCCUCGUCCUCACCGCCUUCGCAGCGAGACGUUCCUCGUUCAGCCGUUUUCGCCGUUGAUCGUCGUUGGCUGACCAUUCUGAAGCUGGACAAGAAGUGCUCAUCGUUGUCCAGCGAUUUCGGCUGCUUUUCGGUGGACAAGUGGAUCGAGAAGUUUCACUCGCUCACACGACUGUCGCUACUCGUCCUGCACUACGACGGCGACGAACGCUGCAUCAAUCACUCAAAGUUGCUCACCUCCUUGAGAGGUAAGCUGCGUUUCUUAUAA